UAUGGUUCCAUUUCAACGGCCAGGAUCAGAGCACUCUCGUAUAUUACAUGGCGGAGGGAGGCCAAGCGAGAGUGGAGGGAGCUUUCGAACAAUAAACGUUGGCAAGAAAUGGCGAUGUCGAGCUUUAGAAGAAGGAAGGUCAUCUUUCAAUCUUUAUCAAAUUUAUGUGGUUAUGUUGGACGUGUUGCAUAUGCCACAAAAAGGACUAUUGAUUUUGGGCAGCCAACUUCACUCUCUCAUCCUGAGUUAGUGGGUGAAGAUGAGAUUACACCUGGGAUAGCAACUGAUGAAUAUAUUUCAAGAAGGAAAAGGCUUCUGGAGUUGCUCCCUGAAAAGAGCUUGGCUAUCAAUGCUUCUGCCCCUGUGAAAAUGAUGACAGAUGUUGUGCCCUACCCAUUUAGACAAGAUGCUGAUUUUCUUUAUCUUACAGGUUGCUUGCAACCUGGUGGUAUAGCAGUUCUAAGCGAAGAGUGUGGCCUUUGUAUGUUUAUGCCAGAUCCAGAUCCUCACGAUGCAGUUUGGCAAGGUCAAGUUGCCGGAGUGGAAGCAGCCUUGGAAUUUUUCAAGGCUGAUAAAGCAUUUCCACUGAGUGCGAUGCACAAGAUCCUUCCUCAAAUGAUGAGACAAGCAUCGAGAUUGUUUCACAAUGUAAAGACAGCAUCACCAUCUUAUACAGAGAUGGAGCCCUUUAUUAAGGCAUCUUUCAACAACAAAGUCAAAGAUCUUUCAGCCUAUACUCAUGAAUUACAGUGGAUAAAGUCUGCGUCUGAACUCAAGUUGAUGAGGACUUCUGCAUCAAUUGCAUGUCAGUCUUUGUUGCAAACCAUGUUGCUUUCAAGAAUAUUUCCAGAAGAGAGCAAGUUGUCAGCUAAGGUUGAAUAUGAGUGCAAGAUGAGAGGUGCUCAAAGAAUGGCGUUCAAUCCUGUAGUUGGUGGGGGUGUCAAUGGUAGCGUUAUACACUACUCACGAAAUGAUCAGAAUAUUAGAGCUGGAGAUCUUGUAUUAAUGGAUGUUGGUUGUGAGUUUCAUGGUUACUUAAGUGACUUAACCCGCACAUGGCCUCCUUGUGGUAGCUUUAGCCCUGCUCAGGAAAUAUUGUAUAGUCUGAUUCUGGAGACAAAUAAGGAAUGCUUGAAGCUAUGCAGACCAGGCAUCAGCCUUCAGCAAAUUCAUAAUUAUUCAGUUAAAAUGCUCAGGAGAGGACUCAAGGAGAUUGGUGUUCUGAAUGAUGAAGUCAGUUACUUAUACCAUCAGCUAAAUCCAACAUCAAUAGGUCAUUAUUUAGGAAUGGAUAUUCACGACUGUGCCAUGAUUAAUAAUGACCGUCCUCUGGAGCCUGGUGUUGUGAUCACAAUUGAGCCUGGAGUGUAUAUCCCUUCAUCUUAUGAAGGACCAGAGAGGUACUGUGGCAUCGGAAUAAGGAUUGAAGAUGAAGUCCUCAUUACCGAAACUGGCCACGAGGUGCUUACUGGAUCAAUGCCUAAAGAGAUUCAACAUAUUAAGUCUUUGCUGAACUAUACACACGGUGAAGCUUCGGAAGCCUCUGACUUGAUAACGGCAUUUAACUAAGGCGAUGCAGAAGAUCCCAAGUACCAAAGAUCGAUUACAUGGCGUAGAAAACAUCCCCUUAUUAUUCAAAAACAGAUGGAAGCAACUGCGAUGCCAUUUUGUUCAUUGUUCUACAGGUGAGGCAGUAUUACCAAUCAUCUUAAGAGAGCGUCCAUAGGAAAUAUCUGUAACCACGAGACCAAAGUAAAUUUGGAAACAAACUAAUUAGAGCUGUGACCUGACGGAAUCUUUCACAUAUUUGAUGCUUUGCCUUCAUGGAAAAAGAAACUUUUUUUUUUUUUGAGCAAUUCAAUAGUGCCCCGCUAUCUAAGAGGGUUUUUGAGCAAUUCAAUAUAUAGCCAUCAAACUUUUUAUUUGGCUGCACUCCGUAUAUACGUAACCUUGCUGCUGCUGCCCUCACCACUGCUUCUUGCCUUUCUUCUUUUUCUUGAAGCUGCCUUUGGAGCAGCUGCCAUUUCCGGGAGAGGGGCUCUCGUUGGAUGUGCUGUUGUUGUUGGCUUCAAACAUGCCUGACUGCAUUGCAUUCUGCAACCACUCGAAGAAUUCUUCCUCGGUGAUGGCCUCUUCGUUGUUGCUUGUCGGCCCACCUCCUCUUGGGCCCGAACCAGAUCCCUUGGAGCUAGUUUGCUUUGUUAGACUGGUGUUCACAUGAAAACUUGGCUUGUGAGUGUUGGCAGGGCAUUUCAUUCCCUGAAACAGCAUAAGCAGAGUGUUUAGAACAGCCUUUAUAUUUAAAUGCAAAUAUUCAACAAUCUCACCUGA